AUUUUAAUAUUAAAAACUCUCCUGUACUUACCACAUUAGAAUCACCUUCUAAUAGUUCAUUUCAAACAGCCAUUAAUAUUGUUUUAGAAAACAAUAAAGAUGCCGAAUUGGUUCAGUUACUAAAAGAUUUUAUUGCAGCAAAUCAAAAGGAAUAUAAAACUGAUACGGAUAAAACUGAAAAGAAUAUUAGUACUGAAAAUUACAACUCUAAACAAAAUCAGAAUACAAGUGAAAUAAUUUCAUUACAACAGCAUUCAAUUGAUUAA